ACCGAUCCUGCGCAGAACGCCGCCCUGCUUUUCUUCUUUUUCAUUUUUUUUAACAGUCGUACAUUUUCAUGUGCAGCGCUUUUUGUCCUCUCUGCAGCCUCAUUCGGGACCAAACCCCAGCUUCAACAUGUCAACCCGAGUUGCCGUGGUAACUGGAAGUAACAAGGGCAUCGGUCUGGCCACUGUCCGAGCGCUCUGCAAGGAGUUUGAAGGAGACGUUUACCUCACUGCCAGAAAUGUUUUAAAGGACUCUAAGAGCACGAAGGAGACAAACGUCCUGUUUGUUUUCCAUCUUCAGAUUCUUGUGUGUGUACGUCUGUGUGUUUUAGGUCGUGUGGUGAACGUCUCCAGCAUGAACUGCGUCAGUGGUUUGAAGAAGUGCAGCCCGGACCUCCAGCAGCGUUUCCGCAACGAGAACAUCACAGAGGAGGAGCUGGUGGAACUGAUGCAACGAUUUGUCGAUGAGGCCAAGAAAGGCGAACAUAAAGAGCGCGGCUGGACCGACGGGGCCUAUACAGUGUCUAAAAUUGGAUUGACGGUGCUGUCCGUGAUUCAUGCUCGUCGUCUGACCAAGGAGAGACCAAAUGACGGGAUCCUGCUGAACGCCUGCUGCCCAGGAUGGGUGCGCACUGACAUGGCUGGACCAACUGCUCCCAAGUCACCAGACGAGGGCGCUGUCACACCGGUCUACCUGGCUUUGCUGCCAUCUGGAGCCAAAGAGCCUCAUGGAAAGUAUCUCUCCGACAAGGAAGUCCAGCCGUGGUGAAAGAGAGUUUAACAUGAAAAAUAAUUUGCAAAGACAGUUUGUCUCUGAAAAGACUGUUCAGAAGUGGUGAUGAGCGUGUGAGACUCGCAGCGUUUCCACAUCAGCGAUAACAAAAUGGGGUGAAAUCGAAACUGUGAAACAUUUAACGAAUGAAAGUCACCCAACAUAAAAAAAAAACUGUAACAUAAACUGAUAUUGCUAAAGCUCAGGGAUGUUUUUUUUAGGACAGAGUUUAACUCUUAUCCAAAUAUUUUGAUAAUAAAACCAAAAUCGUUCAUUUUAUUCUCGGUAACAGUACAGUACUGUGUGUGUGUCUGCUAGCUGGAACGAAUCAAAAUAAAAGUGAAUCCGUGAAAUGUUUGAUUGUUAACAAAGCCUUCAGUACAUAACAUUUUCAUAUCUUUGACGUCAUAAACUUGCCUUAACUGGAUGAAGCUAAUUGUUCAGAAUUACUAGAAAAUGUGUUUGUUUUAUACAAAAUGCUGUUUAUUUGUGUUUGUUUUAAAUAAAACAUGUGGAUCUCCAGU